GCGCGGGGGAAGCGGGGCAGUGGCAGGGUUGGGUGAGGGCGGACGAAGCAGCCUGUGAUCUAGGCUGCAGCAACCACUGCUGCUCGGCACGCGGCCGCGCUCUGACCCUUCCUUUUUGGGCAGGCUCGCAGGCGCAAGCACGGUCGGCGUCCCACGGCCUCGAACUCCAGGGCCUCCCCUGGGCAGGCCGCGGAUCGCCCACCCCUGCCCCGAGUGUGUAUCCGCCGGGACCCAGACGCCGCCUAACGCGGGCGGCACAGGAGCGGCGGCGCCGAAGCCGCGCCCCAGGCUCGGAAGAACAACCCUGAGAGGCCGCCUCGUCCUCUGCAGCCGAGCGGCGGAUGUUCUUUUAAGGAGUUAUUGAAGACGAAGUUUUUUUGUUUUUGUUUUUUGUUUGUUUUUUAAUGGCUUUACAGAAUUUUAAAUCGAAUACAGUUUGACAUGACGGCAAAAAAUGUUGGUUUGCCUUCCACAAAUGCAGAACUAAGAGGAUUUAUAGAUCAGAAUCUCAGUCCAACAAAAGGUAACAUUUCAUUUGUUGCGUUUCCAGUUUCCAGCACCAACUCACCAACAAAGAUUUUACCAAAAACCUUAGGACCAAUAAAUGUGAAUGUUGGACCCCAAAUGAUUAUAAGCACACCACAGAGACUAACCAGUUCAGGAAGUGUUCUGAUUGGGAGUCCAUAUACCCCUGCACCAGCAAUGGUUACUCAGACACACAUAGCAGAAGCUACUGGCUGGGUCCCAGGUGAUAGAAAACGAGCUAGAGAAUUUAUAGAUUCUGAUUUUUCAGAAAGUAAACGAAGCAAAAAAGGAGAUAAAAAUGGAAAAGGCUUGAGACAUUUUUCCAUGAAAGUGUGUGAGAAAGUUCAGCGGAAAGGUACAACAUCAUAUAAUGAAGUGGCUGAUGAGCUGGUAUCAGAGUUCACCAAUUCAAAUAACCAUUUGGCAGCUGAUUCGCAGGCCUAUGACCAGAAGAAUAUUAGGAGAAGAGUUUAUGAUGCUUUAAAUGUGCUAAUGGCAAUGAACAUAAUUUCAAAGGAAAAAAAAGAAAUCAAGUGGAUUGGCCUGCCUACCAAUUCUGCUCAGGAAUGUCAAAAUCUUGAGAUCGAGAAGCAGAGGCGGAUAGAACGGAUAAAGCAGAAGCGGGCCCAGCUGCAAGAACUUCUCCUGCAGCAAAUCGCUUUCAAAAACCUCGUUCAGAGAAAUCGGCAAAAUGAACAGCAGAACCAGGGCCCUCCAGCUCUGAACUCCACCAUUCAGCUGCCAUUUAUAAUCAUCAAUACAAGCAGGAAAACAGUCAUAGAUUGCAGCAUCUCCAGUGACAAGUUUGAAUAUCUUUUUAAUUUUGACAACACCUUUGAGAUCCAUGAUGACAUAGAAGUACUGAAGCGGAUGGGAAUGUCCUUUGGCCUGGAGUCAGGCAAAUGCUCUCUAGAGGAUCUGAAACUUGCUAAAUCACUGGUGCCAAAGGCGUUAGAAGGUUAUAUCACAGAUAUCUCCACAGGACCUUCUUGGUUAAAUCAGGGACUACUUUUGAACUCUACCCAAUCAGUUUCAAAUUUAGACCUGACCACUGGUGCCACCUUGUCCCAAUCAAGCGUAAACCAAGGGUUGUGCUUGGAUGCUGAAGUGGCCUUAGCAACCGGGCAGUUCCUUGCCCCAAACAGUCACCAGUCCAGCAGUGCGGCCUCUCACUGCUCUGAGUCCCGAGGCGAGACCCCCUGUUCCUUCAACGACGAAGACGAGGAAGAUGACGAGGAGGAUUCCUCCUCCCCAGAAUAAAGCCAGGAGAAAACCCA